CACCCAGGGCUUGGGGCACCAUUCACAAGGCAGGAAGCACAGCGAUUCUCCCAGGGGGCAAGGACAGAGAGGGGAAGAGGGGCACUGAGGACCCACUGUCCAGGUUUCAGCAGCUCAGCCACUUCCUACUGUGUGAGCUGCCUCACACACUCCGGGACCCCCGACCAGGGUGCCAUGGCAGGGUGCCGCAGGCGCCACUCCGUGUUAAUGCUGUUAGGUGUGCAGAUAUGAGCCACAAGAUAAACCGAAGGGGAUCAGUCCGAAACCCAGUGUUGGAAACAUCCUGAGUAUUGUGGCCUUCCUGGGUUAUUACAACAGAAGAAUUGUUCUGCUCUUUUUCCAGUCUCAAACAAAGUAAGUAAAGCUCAGAGCUGGCAUUUUCUGAGGAGUGCCUGGAGUCUAACGAGGGGUGGCUGGAGAGGUGCCUUGAGUGGAAGAAGUUGGAGAACCACUGCCCGGGCACAGGAGCGGGUCUGAGCAGAGCACAGGGCUCCAGCCCCAGAGAAAGUCCCCCCUGGGCUGUGCAGAGGCGGAAGGCCAUGUCUCUCCCCAGCACAGACGCGCUCAGGGAACAGCCCCGCUGAGCCCCGGGAUCCUGGGUCACAGGGAAGGAGGCGGCAGCAGCUCGUACCAGACUGCCGCUAACUCGGAGCCAGGAGCAGCCCCCGCACAGGUCCAGCCCCAGGGCACCGCAGACCCCGCCGAGGCGGCGUGUGGGGCAGGGCAGGGCAGGGCUGGUGCUCCUGUGAGCCACAGGCUCUCUCCGCUCGGGCUCGGGGCUGGCGCCGCGGAGCUCCGCCCCGGCGCCGCCGAGAGCAGGGAGGAAACGGGCUGCUGUGCUCCGGAAGGUGAACGUGCCGGUGCUGCGGCUCGCGGGGCCGGAGCCAUGGCUGCGGAGGGCCCGGCGCGGAGCUUGCAGGAGGAGGUGACGUGCUCCGUGUGUCCGGACUGCGCUGCGGAUCCGGGGACUCUGGGCUGCGGGAACAGCCGCUGCCAGGCCUGCACCGGGCAGCCCGGCGGGGAGCCGGAGCCACACGUCCUGUGCCCGCAGUGCCGGGCAGCGGCCCCGCAGAGACCCGUGCGGCCGAAGAGGCAGCUGGGGGAGGUGCUGGAGCCGGGGAAGCGCGAGUCCCGGGCGCACGCCGCUCACACCGUGGUUCCCAUGGAGGAGGCUGCCCAGGACUACAGGGAGAAAAUCCAGAGCUGCCUGGAGCACCUGAAGGACCAGAGAGAGGAGCUGCAGAGCUUGAAAUGCACCUGGGAGCAGGAGAGCGAAAGGCUCCUGGUAGGUGCCUGGUGCAAGGACGGCAGCGGUGGCAGCCAGGGGGCAGAAGCGCCUCUUGCUCACCCGGCUGGAAGAGCUGAACACAGAGAUUGUGAGGAGGAGGGAGGAAAAUGCCACUCGCCUGUGCAAAGAGACUGCCCGCCUCAGCACCCUGAUCGGACGCACCAGGCGUCCUUAACUCUCUUCUGCCGGGAGGACGAAGCCCCCAUGUGCGCGGUGUGCAGCGAGUCCCGGGCGCACGCCGCUCACACCGUGGUUCCCAUGGAGGAGGCUGCCCAGGACUACAGGGAGAAAAUCCAGAGCUGCCUGGAGCACCUGAAGGACCAGAGAGAGGAGCUGCAGAGCUUGAAAUGCACCUGGGAGCAGGAGAGCGAAAGGCUCCUGAGGCAGACAGAGCUGGAGAGGCAGCUGGUGGUGUCCGAGUGCGAGGAGCUGCGCCAGCUCCUGGCUGAGCAGAAGCGCCUCUUGCUCACCCGGCUGGAAGAGCUGAACACAGAGAUUGUGAGGAGGAGGGAGGAAAAUGCCACUCGCCUGUGCAAAGAGACUGCCCGCCUCAGCACCCUGAUCACAGAGCUGGAGGAGAAGUGUCAUCAGCUCGGGCCUGAGCACCUACAGGGUGUCAGAAGUGCUGUGACCAGGGGCGAGGAGGUGACACCUCUGCAUCCAGCCCCCAAGUUUCCUGAGCAGAAGAGAAUCCAGAAUUUCUGUGGAGAGAAGAAGCUGCAGGAGGCUCAGACAGGAUUCCUGGUGGAUGUGACUCUGGACCCAGACACAGCAAAUCCCAACCUUGUCCUGUCAGAGGAUCGGAAAUGUGUGAGACAUGGAGACACCCGACAGGAUCUGCCUGACAACCCUGAGAGAUUUGAUCCUUGUGUCUUUGUCCUAGGCUCUCAGAGGUUCACAGGCGGGAGGCACUACUGGGAGGUGGAGGUGGGAGACAAAACAGACUGGGCUCUGGGGGUGUGCAGGGAAUCUGUGCGGAAGAAGGGGCAAGUCACAUUUACACCUGGCAAUGGGUACUGGACCGUGUGGCUGUGGGAUGGAGCUUACAAGGCCCUCACCUCCCCAACGGCCCCCUUCCCUGUGCGUGUGCAGCCCAGGCAGGUGGGGGUUUUCCUGGACUACGAGGCGGGUGAGGUCUCAUUUUACAAUGUGACUGACAGGUCCCAUCUCUUCACUUUCACUGACACCUUCUCCGGGACCCUGCGCCCUUUGUUCUGCCCUGGUAUCAAUGCUGGGGGCACCAAUGCAGCUCCCCUGACCCUGUGUUCAGUCCCAACCCAGCCCUGAGGGAAUCCCUGUCACUGCCAUGACAUGUGUGGCACAGACUGUCCCCUCCCCGUGCCACCCAACUGCCAGUCCCUCGGGGGGGGGGCCUGAGGUGGGAGUGGGGCAGAGGCUGGGGUCUCCCAGUCUUCUGGUCCCUUAUAUUUCCCUGUGCCCCAGGGUUCAGCUCCCAGUUCUCACACUCUCAGUGCCACUGACUGGAAGGGACUAUCCAAAUUCUAACGUUUCACUUGCACAUCCCUAGGGAUCUGGGUUUUCCAUUUCCCCUGGAAAAACAGUAAAACAUGGAUUUCCCCCAUUACCAGAUUAAAAUGUGGAUUUCUCAUUUUUGCAAAAUCCAAGG